UUGUUUACUGAAUCCUAUUAUUUGAUUAUUAUUUUUUUUAUACUGUAUUAUUAUUAAUAAUUUCACGAAUAUUUUUUCGUUUUGUAAUUUUUUCGUCGUACUGCUUGUUUUUUUGAUUUGCUAUUCCACUUAUAAAAUAAAAUUAAUGUUUUUGACGUGGAAUAGAGUUCAAUGAGUUCGAUCAAAAAUCAAAGAAAAGUAGAUAAAUCGAUUUUUUCUUCAAAUAUUUCUCAUGAUUCAUCAUCAAAUAUAGGUGCAAUCACUAAGUCUCCAGAUAUAUUACAUGUAAAUUCAAAUAAACCAUUGCAAUCCAGUGUUUCACAACAAUUUUUAAUCCUUGAUGAAUCAAUUAAAAUCAAUAUGAAACAAAUGAAAAAACUAAACACCAAUGAAACACUAAUUAAAGAAGAGCCUCUCAUUAAGGUUAUUUUUCAAAACCAUAAGAUUGCUAGCCAAUAUCGAAAAAAAAUAAAAGAUUUUCUCCAAGAUUUAUUGUCGGUGACUUUACCUAAGGAAUGUGUAAAUUGUACUGAUUUAAUUUUAGAAAUAAACAAGACAGAUUUGAAUUCAAAUAACAAUUCAGAACAUUCUACAAUUGAUGAUGAACCAUUAUUUAUGAUUGACAGUACUCCUGCACAUCAUGGUACACUCGAUAUCCCAAUAUACGGAAAGAAAUUUGAACGAGUUUUAACAGAAACACAUGACAAUGCAUCAGAAGAAAUCGAUUGUAAAAGUCCCAAACUAAACUGCUUUAACUGUCUAGGAAACCAUAAUUUACGCGAUUGUACUGAACCAAAAAACCAUUUUACAAUUAAUAAAAAUCGAAAAGAAUUUAUGAAUAAAACAGGGACAAAAAAUUCUCGAUAUCAUUUAGAUCAAAAAUUUCAACCAGGAAUAAUAAGUUCUGAACUAAAAAAAGCACUCGGAUUAGCAAAUGAUGAGCUUCCUAAACAUAUAUAUAAAAUGAGACUACUAGGAUAUCCACCAGGAUGGUUAGAAGAAGCGAAACUUGAACAUUCAGGUUUAAAUCUCUACAACUCAGAUGGUCAUCGAGAAAUGGAUCCAAAAGAGGAGCUAGACGAAAUCUUCUGCCGAAGCUCAGUUAUGGAAUAUGACUUAAAAAAAAUUUACGAUUUUCCUGGAUAUAAUGUACCACCUCCAGCCGGCAUUCGAGAUGAAUACUGGAGUGCAGAUCAACAAACAUUUCAUAGCAAAGCGGUUAUGCUACAGAUGUUGAAACAUCAGAAAGCUGAAGAUGUUUAUAAGAGAAAAAAAUUCAAGAAAAUAUCCGAGACGAGAACUGAUGAUAUUAUUAAAGAUGUUUCAAAAGAAAUUGAAUCCUCUAAGGAUAAUCUAACACUGAUCAACGGAGACCAUUCUUCUAAUUCUAAAAGUACCGGAGAGUUAUCCGAUUCACUAUCUCUAGAUAGUGAAAAAGUAAUUACAACAUGUAUAUCUUCACAGGUUAAUGGCAAUGAUGUGUCUAUUAAUUUAUCUUCUCUGGUUGAGCUAGAAACAAGAAAGAAGUAUUUGUUGCAAGAAUUGAAUGAUUCUCAUUCACUUUUAAAUCCGAAAUUACUGAAGACUACAAACAAUUUAAUAAUUGAGAAAAGUUCUUUAGAUGACACUCAUUUGAAUUCACCUAUUGAUAAGAAGUGUGAUAAUAUCGCUAAAGUUGGCUCAGUUAAAUCAAUUGAAUUAGGUACUCCAUUGAUUGAAAGAGUUUCUAUUUAUAAUAAAUUACCAUCAAGUGAAAAAUUUUCUAAAAAUAUUUGUGAUGUUAUCAACUUUGAAAACUUACCUGAAACUACUGGCAAGUAUGAAAAAAUGAAUGAUAUUAUUCAAAAAAUUCGCUCUACAUUAACGCCAAAAAGAAAUCAAUAAACUCUAAAACAAGUUAUCCAUAA